AUGGCAUCGCCCCGCAGUCUUGAGAUCGUGCUCCUGGGAGCCACCGGAUACACGGGGAAGCUAUGUGCCGAACAUAUUGUCAAGAAUCUUCCUACCAACCUCGCAUGGGGAAUUGCUGGCCGCUCUACGAAGAAGCUGGAGGACCUGUCUGCCAAGCUACUUACAUUAAACGCUGACCGCAAGGCUCCAGAAAUCCUCUCGGUUCAAUUCAGUGACGCUGAAUUGAAGGACCUGGCUUGCAAAACGAAGGUUAUCAUCAACUGCGUCGGCCCAUAUCGCAAGCACUCUACCCCUGUGGUUAAGGCCUGUGCUGAAAACGGUACCCACUAUGUUGAUGUGUACGGCUCUUAUGCCCCUUAUUUCUUCCAUUUUUACUUCUUUGGAUGUUAA